AGAAAAUCUGAAUUGCUUCAUUGCUUUUAUAUAUAUUUGGAUCAUCUGAAAACCAGCACUGCUGAUUCUGCUGAUUCUGGUAGAGACUUACGUUGACCAGCGUUUCCCAAAAAAUAUGACUCGAAGUGACAAAUAAGCUUAUUUCAAAACCUAGCGACGCUGUGAAGGGCAAAUCAAGAAACAUAUCACAGUAUGCCAGUGACUUGACUCCUCAGAAGAAGUGUCCCCGUUCUGUUUGAUGCCUUAGAAAUCAACUGAGGUAAGAUUAUUACAGACUUAUAAAGAAACUAAUACAAAAAGCGAACGUAGUAGACGUUACUAAGCAUACAUUAGGAAAUUCUGGGAGAUUAUAGCCCAUGAGAUCGCAUAAUCAUAAACUAUCAGCUAUAAAGUUAACGAGAGGCCUGCAUAAACCCGUUUGAACACAUUCUUCGCCAACGCUGACUAAUAACUUUGCUAUGAAAUGCGAAAAAGUAGCUGUUCAGUUAUUAUCAUGAAGAAAUCAGCGAAAUCAGGCAUCUGCGACGGUUUUUCUAGAUAUCAGGGGAACCAGAUCAACACAUCACUAGUUUCGGUGUCAUAUAGUGUCAUAAAGGUAGUGGCGUUACGGUAGUCAACGCGUCAGGAUUUGAAUAAACUCAUUUAAAAAAAAGAUGGGUGAAAUACUCGGUUUAAUGCUUUGGUUUCUGCCUGUCACAUUGUAUAUCCUGUUUCGUUGAGUUUUUUCGCCGACACCAAAAAGACUCCAAACCGAGUAAGGAAUUAAAGAUGCUUCUUGCUUUCAGUUCGCUUUGAGGUCAUAAAGGUGCAGUUCAAGGUAGAAGCGGAAGGAGAAGAAAAAGAAAGGAGAAAAAAAAAAUGAAAAUCGUUAACUAUAGAUAUAUAGAAGAAUGUAAAUUAAAAGAACUUUUGGAAGCGUAUAAGGAGGGACGAAGGACGUAUAAGCUGCUUUUAUUCCGUCAGAAAAUAGUGGGAAAAACUCAGCUCUCACCUCAUGAUUUAAUAUGCAAUUUAAAUCUUUCUCCAGUAGCCUAAAAACGGCUGCGAAGGAGACUACCAUGCUACCUGUUUGCUGCUUCAAAACUGAGAUAAAAAGGAUAAGGUAUCUCGGCCACAAUUUGGCUAUAGCUCUUCUACUUAUUUAUAGCUUCAAACGUUAUUUCUUUCUUUCGAAUUUUCUGCUCAGGCUCCAUGUGUUCAGUAAUAAUAAGCUGAUGAUCACUGGCUCAUCUGAAUGCUAAUUAGUCUGGUCUAUGUGGCACAUUUAACAAACUCUGAUAGGCAGUAUUUCUCAGAUAGCGAAUAGGAUUCUUUUCAGCCGUCUUUUCACAGCAUAAAAACGAACACAUGGUGUACAGAUUGGUUCACGUAUAUCCUUGGGGCUGUAUGUAGAGAUUUGCAACUGAUAAUUUUUGUCUUUGAUUGCAUUUGUUUAGUUUUGUCAUUAAGCCUCACUGCUCUCGUCAAAUUUGGCACGUUUCUUGAUAGGCUUGAAGAGGCUGCACACUCUCCACAACAAGGAAAUUUUAAGGCUCAAGCAUAAGUAUUUGUGGCACAACUACCCGCACAACUAGCUCAACCUGAAGAUUUUAAUGAACAAGCUUCAGAGUGUAAGGGCUCUUAUGUUUUAUUUUACAAAGAUGCAAACUCUUUGCCUGUUAUUUUACCUCCUUUUAUAUGAUAGAAACAAUUGUAGUAUCGAUCAAAGAGAACAGAUUCCAAGAAACCCCGAUGAGUCCAAUAAUAUAGAGUGCACCUCCCACAACCCUCAGAACACUGACCAACACUCACAUCCAACACAACCAGCCCAACUAAUACCUCCACAACCAUCACAACGCUCACAUUCGCCAAAACCCUCACAGCCAGCACAACUAGCUAAAAAGCAGAACAAGCACAACUCUCACAACCAACACAGCCCUCGCAAACACCGCAACCAACAUGCAUGUGUGGUGGUUGUGGUGCCGUUCACAGGGGCACCCAACGACUGUUUUCUGUAAAAUAUCUGUUCGGAGAAGCAAAUAUUGCCUAGAAUUGUCUGUAACUUGAGCACGGCUAAAAAUUUUUAGAUGGCAGUUCCAUUCAUGUACAAUUUUCGAAGCUUUUCCAAUAAAUCUGCUACAAUUUUCUGAAGUCUAAUUUUUCACAUUUUAGUCCCCAGGUUGGGCUAUUUUUCGUAUUAAAAAGGAAACCUAAAAUUUUCGGAUUCAAAAACGCGAUGUAAAGAGGAAUUAGAAAAAUUCUCACUUUCGUAAAACGUUAAAUUGCAUCUAAAAUUUUCGGGAAAGCAAUACUAGAGCCCUAAUAAUUUCGAAAAGACUCAAGUUCCUCUAGGAUGACCGAACAGAUACAGAUUUUAUAGUUCCACAAACCAUGCAUUUCUAGAGAUCUAAAAGUGCUCUGGAUAGCCUCAAAAAGUGUUCUCAAUGUAUUUAGAACGAAACUGUUGUUGGGUGGCCCUGCGUUCAGUUUGUGACGGUGGUACUGGUUGCGUUAGCUGUGUUGGUUGUGGUGAUUGUGGUGGUUGGGAGGGUUAUGGUGGUUAUGUUUUGAUUUGAGGGUUAAGUGGUUGUGCUGGCUUUGCUGGUUGUUUUGCUACAAACAACUAUGCUUGAGCUUUAAAAUUUCCUUGUUGUGGUGAGUGUACACAACCAGAACCACAAUACUUCUUAGAGUCGGCUAUGAUCAAGAAAUGGCCAGGUAUAGCUCUCGUUCUUGUUCCUGAAUAAGAGCGACCAGGAGGUGGUAAUAGAAAGAAAUACAUGCUUUAAGAAAAAGUCCUCGGUCCUUUCCAUGCUACACUGCCUGACUGAGCCCGAUUUCAAAACAAGAUACAACAAUCACAAUUUCUCUUUCUAAGACGGUUAAUAUCACCGGACAAUAAUCUAUCUGAAUCUAUUGGCAGGAAAAACCUUCAUCAGCAAUUCGUAAAUCUUCAAGCAUGGCGAGAUCUCCAAUAACAGCUUCGAAAGAAGGUGACGUCACAUCAGCUAAUGAGGAAUUCGAAACACUUCAGUUUGAUGAUGACAAUUUAAAAGGUGAGGCACAUUAUGCAGUUUCUUUAUCAUGUCGACAGCGGAUAACUUUCGCCCAGCUAACGCCCUUACCUAUCUAUUUAUCAGGAUGUAAGGGUAAUAAUAUUGAGUUCAAGUCAUUUUAUUCAAAGUUUGGCUCAAAAGAUAUGCUUACGUUUCGAUACGUUAUCUUUUAUUAGAGUUCAUCUCAGCGCGCAGUUGCAGAAGUUGAAAAAGGAAUGAUAAAUUCGCAAGUGAAACAAAAACGACUUACUAUUACCCAAGUUUUAUUUCAAAAGUUAGAAAUACACCAAAAUUAAAUCUAAUUUGGUAUGUAAUAUACCAUGCUUUGCUUAACAGUCUUAUCUUAAAGCUCCACUGAAUUCAAAACACGUGCGUACUCGCUUGGCAUAUUCAGUGCCUAAAAUCCGUCACGUCACACUAAUAUUACGAGAAUUGCGCUGGUUACCUUUGAGGCAACGCAUCGAUUUUAGGAGAAUUUUGAUUACUUUUAAGAUUUUAAAUAAUCUGGCUCCUUCUUAUCUUUCUUCUCUUAUUUCUGUUGCGACACUUUCACGUUACAGUCUUCGCAGUUGCUGUGAUGGAACCCUACUCCGCUUUCCUCCUAUGAAAUCAUCAAAGACCCUUGGUAAUCGUGCUUUUAUGUUCGCUGCCCCAAAGUUGUGGAACAACCUACUACAUGACAUAAGGACCACCACGAGUCUAUCAUGUUUUGAAAUUAAACUGAAUAAAAUUUUAUUUUCCCAAGUUUUUUUAUGACUAGGUUUUUAAUUUUGCUCAUAUGGAAAUUGCGCUACAUAAGUAUUAUUAUUAUUAUUAUUAUUAUUAUUGUAGCAAUUGCCGAGGUCUACAAAAAUGAGGGCAACGAUGAAUACAAGAAGAGCAAUUUUAACAGUGCCAUUCACUACUACUCGAAAGGAAUUAAAGUGAACUGUAAAGAUGAAGAACUGAACGCUAAGCUGUACAGCAACAGGGCAGCAGCAAAUUUAAAUUUGAGUAAGAAGUUGAAGUUAGUUUUUGUUGUUGUGAAGUAUUUUGAAAGUUAUUUUUAGGACGGAUUUGUCUCAAUUCUUUUAAGUUUCGUUUUUGUUUCAUUAAGUGUGUCAAGGUUAGUCUUGAUUUGUCCACAUAAUUGUUUUUCUGUUUGAUAUUUUGUUUUUACAUGUACUUGAAUUUAUGCUUAGCUCUCGAACUCAGUUACUUAUAGCCAUUUUAGGGCUAUUCUUCGCUUGCCGUUAUCAUAUGUUAGUUUUUCAUGAGUGGUCGUGUUAGUGAUGUUAAAACUGACCUUGGUUCAUUAGUCUCGUUGAAGCUCCUGUUUGGGUUUGUUAACCAGCGUUAUAGUUUUUCAUUGGUUUGUAGCUUCUUGUCGAUCACAACCCUGUAGGUUCAGUUACACCAAGACAUUACCCACCCCGAGUUCACCUUGAUUUUAUUCUCACGGUCAGCUAACACAAACAUGACCGAAUUUGGUUAUAAAAAUGGCCGCUAUUUGACUAGUUGAGAGCUGUGUUGAGGAGGAGAGUUAGAAGAGCAAGGAUUGAGUUGGGUGAGUUAGCAGUAGUCAAAGAAGAAUAAAGGUCAAGAUGUAAAUCAGAUAUCGUGGUACCUCAUCUUGUAGCGAGCGAGUUGUUCGAACACACCCAUACAUUAUAAAUAUAUAUUUUUUUGUCAAUCGAUUUUUUGGGGGGAGGAGGGGGUGGGGGAGAGAAGGUGGGCUAAUGUGACACCUGCUAAGGAUUUUAGCAUUCUGUAAAGCACUGUCUUGAAAUUGUGCUGUGCUGUGUCUUUCUGAGGUGUAAAUUGACCUUCUGCAUACUACAUUGUUUCACAGGUAAUUACGCUGAAGCACUGAAUGAUGCGAAAAUUGCCGUGGACUUACAACCAUCAUUUUUAAAAGCAUUUUGGAGAGGUAAGUCCCAUUAGACAUCAUGGGCUUGUCCCUUCUUACUCAAGCAAUAGCAUGCA